ACGACAUUGACGAUUGGCGACGCGAGAGAAUGCUGCCGCGACUGCUUAUCGUGGCCACGCAUGCGCUAAGUGCCGUGGCCUUUCUGAAUCUCACGGGCGUCGGCAACCUCAGCACGACGCUCGCAACGCACGACCCACUCUUCCUUCUUGCCUACGCAUCGUGGGAUGCCGGCGCCAGUGCCCAGCUCGAGGCGUUUGCCGCCACCGCCACGUCGAUUCCAGACAUGUCGUUUGGCGCCAUCGAUGUCGCCGUCGACAAAGCGGCGCUGCACGUAACGGGGUACCCGACGCUCCUCCUCUACAACGGGAGCGCACCGCCGACCGAGUACUUUGGCGACGUGUCGUCCAUCGCCAUGCAACAUUGGCUACUGCACGACGCGCCUCUGCAGCUCGUGCGCACCCAAGACGAGUGGGCCAAGCUCCAACGGAAUCAUCCUCGUCCGCUGCUGCUGGCGAUCACUGCGUCCGACGACGACCAUGCGCACGCCUUUAUGGAGACUUUGGCCAACGGUGCGGAUGGUACCUUCGCGCUCACGACCAACGUGUCGCUCGUGGCGGAUGUGAUUCCGCAGCCAGGCCGGCUCCCGGCACUCUGGCGACUCGACCCGACGGCCGUCGUGCCAGCAAGACCCUUUCUCGGCACCUGGUCGAUUCCCGAUGUCCUCGCCUUUUACUCGGGGGCGACCCAGCCGUGGCUACUGUCGUACAACCCGGCAGACGCGAUGCCGAUCGGCGCAUUGGCGUACGUGCUCAUCUUGACAGACAAAGACGCAUCGUGGCACGCGGCGUUGAUGCUGCAGCUGCACCUCGUCGCAUCGCGCCAGCGGCGGAUCUGUUACCUUGUCGUCGAGGAUCCGAGUCUGUCGUUGGCCGGGUACUUUGGCAUCGCUGCUCGCCCGGGCCUCGUAUGCUGGAGGAGGAACCGGUAG